CCCUAUCCUCAGGCCUGUUUUCUCUUUUUUCUUUUUUUUUUUUUGGAUUUUUCUUCCUUAUCUUUUUAUAUAUAUUUCUAUACUACUACAAUGAGAUUGGUUAUUCGUGACGAUUAUGAUGAAGUAACUGAAUAUGUUGCUAACUACAUCAAGGAGCGUGUCAAGCAAUUCAACCCUACUGCUGAACGUCCUUUCGUCAUCGGUCUUCCCACCGGUUCUUCUCCCGUCAGCGUUUACAAGCGUCUUGUCGAAUUAUACAAGGCUGGUGAAAUCAGUUUCGAACACAUCGUUACCUUCAACAUGGACGAAUACGUUGGUUUGCCUCGUGACCAUCCCGAAUCUUAUCACACUUUCAUGUGGAAGAACCUCUUCAUGCACGUCAACAUCAAGCCUGAAAACGUCCACAUCUUAGAUGGUAAUGCUCCUGAUUUGGAUGAAGAAUGCAAGAAGUACGAAGCUGAAAUUGCUCGUGUUGGUGGUAUUGAACUCUUCUUGGGCGGUAUCGGUCCUGAUGGUCACAUUGCCUUCAAUGAACCCGGAUCCUCUUUGACCUCUCGUACCCGUGUCAAGACCUUGGCUUAUGAAACCAUCAUUGCUAAUGCUCGUUUCUUCGAUGGUGAUGUUACCAAGGUUCCCAAGCUUGCUUUGACUGUUGGUGUUGCUACUGUCAUGGAUGCUCGUGAAGUCCUUGUCAUCAUCACUGGUGCCCACAAGGCUAUUGCUUUGGCUAACUGUAUCGAAGGCGGUGUUAACCACAUGUGGACCGUCUCUGCUAUCCAAAUGCACCCUAAGGGUUUGAUUGUGUGUGACGAAGAUGCUACCCUCGAAUUGCACGUUAAGACUGUCAAGUACUUCAAGUCCAUUGAACACGUUCACCAAAGCUUGAUUGGUCCCGAAAACUUGUCCCUUCAAGGUGGUGUCAAGCAACUCAAGAAGGUCACUGGUAGCUCCAGAUCCCAAACUCCUUUGAACGGUCCUUAUGAUGAAUAAGCGGGUCGCUUCAAACCAAACCAUUUCCUUACUCAUCUUUCAUUUUUUAUAAUGUCUUUUUUUUACCUCUUUUUGUUACAUAUGCUGUAGUUUCAUAUUUUUCCCUUACCGCUCUUUUUUUUUGAUACAAGAUAAACCCAUUUUUCCGAACCCUGUCAUAGUAUUGUUUUUGUAAAGCUUUACAAAAAAAAAUAAACCUUAUGUAUUUAUAUUUAGCAAACACAUGGUUCUUUUCUCUGUACUAUAGACAAAAAGGUUCUCAUGGAGGUCCAAAGUCCCUUGUGUAAACGCAAAAGGGUGCUUGCGUUACACACUUUCAAAAAAUGCAUCCACUGAACGAGAUAAGGGAAUGUUUCUUUUGGGGGGUUUUCUUUUUUUUUUUUCAAACUCAAAAACAGGCAAGGCUGUAUUUUU